AUGUCGGUUGACACGAAAAAAAACUACUUUGGACCUCGAGAUGAUGAGAAUGCUGAGGAGUACUGGACAAUCCUGCUCGAAGCUGAAGAGCUCGGGGACGCUGAAGAGUGGGACAAGGCAUGCGAAGCACAGGAACGAGCAGUCAAAUACGCUGAAGAACACUAUGGCGAUGAUCUUAAUGCCAAAAGUGGCCUUGCAUACCUCUACCGACAAGUGAGUCGCCACAAGGAUGCCGAAGCACUCGACAGGUACAUCCUCUCGGUGCGACAGCAAAUCCUCGGAGAUGACCAUGAAGACACAGUAGCAAGCCUGAAUAAUCUUGCCAUUGAUCUGAAAGCACAAGGUGAAUAUGAUCAGUCACUUGAGCUCGACAAAAAAGCAUUGGAUAUUAUGCUUCGCAUCAAGGGUGAAGAUUCCCAAACUACACAGACCAGCAUGCACAACCUUGCCAACAGCUACUUUAACAACAAAGAUUACCAGGCUGCUCUGGACUUGCACCAACGUGCAUUGGAUCUCCGAACAAAGUCUCUCGGCCCUGAACAUUAUCAGACCAUCAUGACGAUGGACCUAUUAGGGAGAGAUUAUGGUGCCUUGAAUAAGCUCCAGGAGGCUAUAGCUCUCCAGGAGAAAGCCGUGGAAGCUGCAAAGUCUCAUCUUGGCCCCUCUAAUCAGACAACCAUCAAAUGUAGCCUGAACCUGGCAAGCACGUAUGGUCGUCUCAACCAAGCCAAUGCCGAGGAAAUGCCUGGAGGGACGUGGGAGUCUAAAGGGAUCAAACUCCUAGAAGGAAUAGUGGAAAUGCAACGACAGGGCCCUGGUGAAGACCAUUCUGAUACCAUUGCCGCUAUAAACAACUUGAGCGUGGCAUAUUUCCAUGCUGGCCGACUGGAGGAUGCCAUUCCUCUUAUGCAGAAGUCAGUCGACUGGAAUAUGAAAAAAUUGGGACCAAACCACCCGCAAACUCAAGCCGCGUCGGGCAAUUUGGACUACGUAUUUGAAAAGCUCGGGAUGACUCGAGCUUCAAUUUUUUGA